CAAACAGCGGAGCGGAUCCUGUAGCGCCUUGGUGGCCUUGAAUGGAGCGGAGCGCCGGACGGAGAGCAGCUCGCUGAGGGGAGAGAAACAGAGGAAAAGAGGGGCUGUAGAGAAGCCGGACACCGGGACUGUGGAGAUCGCGGUCUGGGAGCGAAAAGACGAGCAGGCCGGUCGAGUGGUGUGAAAACAAAGCGGCGCAGUGAUCUAGGAAGAGAUGGCGGAGGUUAGCGAGGUGUUGAUGUCAGUCCUGUCCACGGUGCGGGUGCCCAGGCCCGGGGACCGAGUCCAUAAGGACGAGUGCGCCUUCUCAUUCGUCUCCCCUGAGAGUGAGGGUGGCUUGUAUGUUUGCAUGAACAGUUUUCUCGGCUUUGGGGGUCAGUUUGUGGAGAGACACCACGCCCGAACUGGACAGAGGGCCUAUCUACACAUCACCCGCACCCGCAAGGCCCAGAAAGAGGAUGACAACAGUUCCGGUUCAGGUGACCCACCAAAGAAGAAGCCCACUCGACUGGCCAUAGGUAUCGAGGGCGGGUUCGAUGUUGAGCAGGAGCAGUAUGAGGAAGAUGUCAAGGUUGUCCUUUUUCCAGACAGACAGGAGGUGACAUCGGAGGACCUGGCCACCAUGCCUGACGUAGUGAGAGAGCGAGUGUCUCUGUCGAUGGCAGGGUUGCUGGCUGCAGACUCGGUGUCUCACGCUCUGCAGGUGCAGCAGUGGGACGGUGAAGUGCGGCAGGAGUCCAAACACGCAGCUGAGCUCAAACAGCUCGACAACGGAGUCAAAAUUCCUCCCAGUGGGUGGAGGUGCGAGGUGUGCGACCUUCAGGAGAAUCUCUGGAUGAACUUGACUGACGGGAAGGUCCUGUGUGGUCGGAGAUAUUUUGAUGGCUCAGGGGGCAAUAACCAUGCCCUUCAGCACUUCCAGCAGACCGGAUACCCACUGGCUGUCAAACUGGGUACUAUUACGCCGGAUGGAGCUGACGUCUAUUCGUAUGAUGAAGAUGACAUGGUGUUGGACUCGAAGCUGGCUGAGCACCUCUCUCACUUUGGCAUUGAUAUGAUGACCAUGGAGAAGACGGAGCGCACUAUGACGGAGUUGGAAAUCGCAGUGAACCAGCGUGUGGGCGAGUGGGAGGUGAUCCAGGAGUCCGGUGCCACUCUGAGGCCACUGUGGGGCCCCGGGCUCACAGGCAUGAAGAACCUGGGGAACAGCUGCUACCUCAACUCCGUCAUGCAAGUGCUCUUCACCAUCCCCGACUUCCAGGAAAAGUACGUCUCCAGCUUUGCCAAGAUUGUAGAUGAAGCUCCAGGUGACCCCACGCAGGACUUUAAAACACAAGUAGCAAAACUGGGCUAUGGUUUACUCUCGGGGGAAUACUCUAAGCCUACUCCUGACCCGGGGGAUGACCCCAGCGCGUCCUCUGAACCCAGGGGGGACCAGGUUGGAAUAGCACCUCGCAUGUUCAAAGCCCUCGUGGGGCGGGGCCACCCUGAGUUUUCCACCAAUCGGCAGCAAGAUGCCCAGGAGUUCCUCCUUCACUUCAUUAACAUGGUGGAGCGGAACUGCCGGUCCGGUCCGAACCCAUCUGAAGCAUUCCGGUUCCUGGUGGAGGAAAGGAUUGUGUGCCAGCAGUCUCAGAAGGCCAAGUACACCCAACGAGUGGACUACAUAGUUCAGCUACCUGUGCCCAUGGACCAGGCCACCAACACGGAGGAGUUACAGGAGGCUGAGCGUUUACGUGAGGAGGCGGAAGCAUCCGGAAAUCCUCCACCUGCAGCUCCUCGUGCUCGAAUCCCAUUCUCUGCCUGCUUAGACGCUCUGAGUGAACCAGAAACGCUCACAGACUUCUGGAGCUCAGCAGUGCAGGGCAAGACCACUGCCACCAAGACCACACGCUUUGCUUCGUUCCCCGACUAUCUCGUCAUCCAAAUUAAGAAGUUUACUUUUGGCCUGGACUGGGUCCCUAAAAAACUGGAUGUUAGUAUUGAUGUUCCUGAUACACUGGAUCUGAGCGCGCUCCGUGGGACUGGACAGCAGCCGGGGGAGGAGCUUCUGCCAGAGGUGGCCCCGCCCCCUCUCAUGACCCCUGACGUGGAGGUCAAAGGUAUCCUGGGUUCCCGCGGCAACGAGGAGGACGACUCUCUCUACUCCCCACUGCUGUCUCCGGUGCUGGACGACUCCACUGUAUCUCAGCUGUGUGAGAUGGGCUUUCCUAUGGAGGCCUGCAGGAAGGCAGUGUAUUAUACAGGCAACACUGGCAUCGACGCUGCUAUGAACUGGGUGAUGAGCCACAUGGAUGAUCCAGAUUUCUCCGCCCCCUUCGUGUUGCCUGGCUGUAGCUCUGGCCCUGGGUCCACACCCACAGAAAGUGCCUCUGAAGAGCACCUGGCGACCAUCGUUUCCAUGGGAUUCAGCCGAGAUCAAGCUUCGCGUGCUCUCAGAGCUACUAGUAAUGUCCUGGAGCGGGCUGUGGACUGGAUCUUCUCUCACCUGGAUGAUCUAGAGUCUAUGGAGGUGUCAGAAGGGGGGCGCUCGGAGGGAGGCAGUGAAGCCAGCCGUGACCCCCCACCCGGACCACGUGUCCGAGACGGACCGGGAAAGUAUGAGCUGUUUGCUUUUAUCAGUCACAUGGGCACGAGCACAAUGUGUGGUCACUACGUCUGCCACAUCAAAAAGGACCAACAGUGGAUAAUCUUCAACGAUCAAAAAGUGUGUGCCUCUGAGAAACCACCGAAGGACCUGGGCUACCUGUACUUCUACCGGAGAGUGGCUGAAUAGAAGACUUUACACGUACAAACAAACACCUCUGUCUUAGCUGCUGAGGGGGGCCGGGGUGGGGCGUACUCAAGCUUCUCAACU